AUGGCAUUCAAGCUUUUUGUUUUCGCCGCCGUAUUGGCCGUAGCACGUGCUGGAGUCGUAGCACCUGUUACCUACGCCGCCGCUGCCCCAGUUGUCAAGACCGUAGUUGAUGGACCAGCUGAAUACAGUUUUGGAUACUCCGUACAAGAUUCUCUGACUGGAGACUCAAAAAGCCAACACGAAACCCGUCUUGGUGACUCUGUAUCCGGAUCAUACUCCUUAGUCGAUGCUGAUGGCCACAAACGUACCGUAGACUACACCGCUGACGCCGUUAACGGAUUCAACGCUGUUGUUCGUCGUGAACCUCUUGUACCAGUUGUAGCUAAAGUAGCUGCUCCAGUUGUAGCUAAAGUAGCAACUCCAGUCGUUGCCGCCCCAGUGGUAGCCAAGACCGUAGCCGCCCCAGUAGCUUAUGCUGCCCCAGCUCCAGUUGCAUACUCCGCCCCAGUAUCAUACGCUGCUGCUCCAGUAGCCUACGCUGCUGCUCCAGUAGUAACCAAAUCCUAUGCCGCUCCAGUGCAAUACACCACCUACGCUGCUGCUUCUCCAGUUGUUUUUAAUAGUUCCUGA